UUGAAGGAAGUAUUUGGCAUUAAUUGGUAUUGGUAUCUUCUGGUCAAAUCAGGGAGCUAUUGGAACAUGCUUAGAGUACAGAACUGGAUUUUUCGAGUUGAUCCUCUAUCUUUCCCCAUUUAGGAACUGAACCAAAGCACCAUGGAGAACGUGUCAUGGCUGAGAGACUCUGACACGUCCAACGCUUCCUGUGAUUACACCAGGGGCAUCUGUUCCCAUAACGCCUCGAUACAUGUAGCUAGCAAUGAGUUGUCCUCUGACUUCUACAUCAUUCUUCCUGUCAUCUACUCUGUGAUCUGUGUGGUGGGCCUGACGGGGAACACGGCAGUGAUUUAUGUCAUUCUCAAAGCUCCCAAGAUGAAGACUGUCACCAACCUCUUCAUCCUGAACCUGGCAAUAGCAGAUGACCUCUUCACGCUUGUCCUCCCCAUUAACAUUGCUGAGAUUCUGCUACAUUACUGGCCGUUCGGCGUUGUCCUGUGCAAGAUCAUUUUGUCCAUUGAUCUCUACAACAUCUUUUCCAGCAUUUUUUUCUUGACGGUUAUGAGUAUUGACCGUUAUCUGGUGGUUCUGGCUACCGUGAGAUCCAAAAGAUUGCCCCAUCGCACCUAUAAAGUGGCCAAAAUCGUUAGUCUCUUGGUCUGGUGCCUGGUGAUCAUCAUUGUGUUACCUUUCACUGUAUUUGCCGGAGUUUACAUGGAUAAUAUGGAGUUUAAAAGCUGUGGAUUGAAUUUCCCGAAACCAGAAAGAACAUGGUUCAAGGCCAGUCGUAUCUACACGCUGAUGCUGGGAUUUGCCAUACCAGUAUCUACAAUUUGUAUUUUGUACAUGGUCAUGUUAUACAAGCUCAGACACAUGAGGUUGAAUUCCAACGCCAAAGCAUUGGACAAAGCCAAGAAGAGAGUAACAAUCAUGGUCUUCGUGGUCCUGGCAGUUUGCCUUUUCUGUUGGACUCCUUUUCAUUUGGCCACAAUUGUAUCUCUGACCACUGACCUACAGGAGACAUCGUUGGUCAUUGGCAUCUCAUACUUCAUCACCAGUUUGAGCUAUGCCAACUCUUGUCUCAACCCAUUCCUUUAUGCUUUUCUAGAUGAUAAUUUCAGGAAGAGCUUCCGAAAACUGUUGGAGUGCAGGGCAGCUUGAAGUGUGUGGGUUUUAGAUCUCCAACCACCAGACUCACCGGCCGAGAGCCGUGAAGCAGGAAAACAUGGUUUGAAUGAUCGUAACAAGAACAUCAUUGUUUGCUGUACUGAGGAUUUGCAGCUAGAAUCACAUAAUCGUGUACAAUGACUUGCAGCCAUCAUUCUGAGUCAAAGUAAACUUUUGUUAUUCUGUAAAGCAGCUCAUUGAUGUUUUAAGGCUUUUUGGAAGUGCUAGUCAGUAAAAGGUCACGAUGAUUUGAAUAGCAGCGAUUUUAAUACAAAGAUCAUUAUAAUAUAUAGUGGUUUUAAUCCAGAUGAGAGAUUCUCAUUGAGACGAUGUUACACACUAUCCUGACACAAGUGCGACAUUCGAGUUUUUAUCAGGAGCUCCUAAAACACAUUGUUCCGAGCUGUAAUCCGUAACAGCAGGUUUUAUAUCCAUGUAAUAUCGUUUUUAUCUAACUGAUAAAAUCAGCAAAUUGAUUACUGUUAUUUCUGCUUCAGA